AUGCAGCCACACGAGCACAACCCCCCGCCCGCCAAGGACAGCUUCGGUGACCCCGUCGCGCACUCGGCCAACGAUGACACCGCCGGCCUCCCUCCGCCGUAUCGUCGCUCCGCCGCCUCGACCGCCGCCGACGACGACAGCCACCGCGGCGCCGUCUCCCCCCUGCCCCCCCCCUCCGACGCCGAGGCCGCCGCCGCCGGCCAGGGCCUCGACCUGCUCGACGCCCGCCCCGCGCGCUGGUACAGCUACCUGGCGACGGCCGACUUCUGGCUCGUCGUCGGCAUCGGCCAGGUGCUGGCGCUCUGCAUCACGGCCACAAACACCUUCACCACGCUGCUCACCGCCGCCGACUUCAAGGCCCCCGCCUUCCAGACCUUCUUCAACUACGCCUUCCUCGCCCUCGCCUACAACGCCCUCUUCCUCGCCCGCGACGGCCCCGCCGCCUGGGCCCGCGCUGCCCGCCGCGACGGCUGGAAGUACUUCGUCAUGGCCUUCCUCGACGUCGAGGGCAACUACUUCACCGUCCUGGCCUACCAGUAUACAAACAUCCUGUCGGCCCAGCUGCUCAACUUCUGGUCCAUUGUCUGCGUCGUCACCGUCUCGGCCCUGCUGCUGCGCGUGCGCUAUCGCCUUCCCCAGCUGCUCGGCAUCGUCGUCUGCUGCGGCGGCAUGGGCAUCCUGCUCGCCUCGGACCACAUGCUGAGACGCAACGGCGGCCCCGGCCCCGACAUGCUCAAGGGCGACCUGUUCGGCCUGCUGGGCGCCACCCUCUACGGCGCCAGCAACGUCCUCGAGGAGUGGCUCGUCAGCAAGGCGCCCAUGCACCACGUCCUCGCCUUCAUCGGCCUGCUCGGCAUGCUCAUCAACGGCGUCCAGGCCGCCAUCUUCGACCGCGCCUCCCUCGCCGCCGCCCGCUGGUCCGGCCCCGUCGCCGCCUGGCUCGUCGGCUACACCCUCUGCCUCUCCCUCUUCUACACCCUCGCCCCGCUCAUCCUGCGCAUGGGCAGCGCCGCCUUCUUCGACAUUUCGCUCCUCACGGCAAACUUCUGGGGCGUCAUCAUCGGCGUCCGCGUCUUCGGCCUCGCCGUCCACUUCCUCUACCCCGUCGCCUUUGUCUGCAUCGUCGUCGGCCUCGCCAUCUACUUCCUCUCCGGCAACGUCCUCGGCGACUCGCGCAAGCCCUGGCUCGGCCGCAACCAGGAGGCCGGCGUCGCCGGCGUCGGCACCGCCAAGCUGCGCGCCAUCAACGCCGCCCGCGCCGCUGCCGCCCAGGCUCCCGAGGAGGGCAUCCGCUCGGGUGCUGACACCGCCGCCGUCGAUGCCGAGUCCCAGCCCGCCCAGCUGCGGGGACUUCUCCGCCUCCGUGGCCUGUUCAAGUCGGAGUGA